GAGGAGGGGGACACCACAGGCAACCCAACCCACCGCUGACCACCACGAGACCCUCCCUAUCCACCUCUGGCAACCACCAUUACCGGCAAGGAAAGGACCAGACUAAUUCAAAAUCUCGGAUUUUCACGACCACCACCACCAAGGGUAACCCAAGCCAUAUAGGGCAUUGCCAUGGGUUCGGGAUACUAGAGAGUGUAAUAAAUGGUAACCCAAGCUAUAUGGGGCAUUCAAGGUGGCCAAACAUGAUGCCCCAUAAUAUGCAAGCACAUAUGACACAAGGCGGAAUCAUCUUUCCAUUUUCGCCAACUUUUUGCCCAACCGGAACAAGCUUGAACCAAUUUAGACUUUCUUUUCCAAGUUCACAAAGCUUAUUCAAUGGUCAAGUUUGGAGAGGUCAAUCAACUAUUGCGGGCAAUCAAGUUUGGGGAGGAGGACAAUCAAGUUUUUUGGAAGACCAAAGUCAAUAUUGGGGGGGACAAGAACCAAGUUUACUGCAAACUCAAGGGCAUGGAUGUGAAGGACGACAAAGUUUCACAGAUAUGUUGAAUGUAACAAAUAAUGAUGGGGAAUAGUUCACUUGUUUGUUUAAUGGAAAUGAUGAAUAUGUAUUGUUAUUUUUAUUGGUCUUAACAUUGAUGAAUCUGUAUUAGUAUUAGCAUUACGACAACUUUUGUUGAACCUGUGAAUGUUGCAAGGUUGCAAUUUGUUAUAUUUGAUGAAUGCAAUUU